AUGUCGGCCGAGGACAUACCCUUAGAUUUAUCCCGUACCCUAACAACCGGGUCCGAAGGUUGGACUGAUUCCGAAGACGACAAUGACGAUUCGUCCGUCACGUCUGAUACUUCGCAUGCCCGCAUCGCCCGCCGACCACAUUUCCCCCCUGUUCUACCCUCCGUAAAUUCGUCCUCUAGCAUCUCCAAGAGUUUGCCACAGAAGCUAGCAGCAACCAUCGCCGCUGCGGAGGGAACCGGCUUAAACCGCCGGCAACAUAACCUAAGCAAAUCUCACUCACCUUCUUCUCGCUUUCGACGUGUGAAGUCACCGUCUAUACCUUCCCAAAUCCAUAGGAGGUCUCUCAUCUCCGACGCUCUCCGUGUCAACUAUCCGCUGGACUCGCAAAAUCGGCCGGACCUCCUCCGUGUGCCAUCGAGUCGGCAACUACGACCACUUCCACAUGGAAUCCACGACAAUAUAUCGGGACGGAUAGGUUUUCCUGACGCCAGGGGCCCUAAGCCUAAGCCGUACAGUUGGAAGGGGUUUGGAGCAGAGAGUGAGGAGAGCGACUACGAGGAAGAUGAGACUGGACUGGCUGAUUCUUCUUCUGAGGAUGAGGACGAUGAUCAGGACAACGUGUCCGGCCAUGCUUCUCGCGGUCUCCGACGCCUAACGGAACACUACUCGAGGCUCAGAGACCGGAGGACUAAUCUAUGGGAAAUGUUCGACAGCAUUCAUCUGAAACGAGUCCAAGUUCAAGAUCUACGCCACAUGAAGGAUGAAACUAGCCUCGCCUUUAUGACUGCCGUGCAGGCUAUACUUCCUAAUAAUCCAGAGCUAGAUCAUCUCUUCAAGGAUAUGCAAGAUGCCCAGCUCAGGUGUCAGGAAGCAGAACAACGCUUCGACGACAUGUUGGAUGAACUCCAGCAUGGCGAAGUAGAGUUGGAGUUAGAAGAGCGAAGGUUCUAUACCGUCGCGGCGGGCGUAGAUGAAACUGAUGACGAGACUGAUGAUGAAAGCUGUUCGGUGACCUCGGAGGUCUCAGCACUGCGAGGAAUCACUGGUGAUCGCCCGGAGGAUAUACAUCCUCUAUUUGAAGAUCUUCGAGAGGCUUCUCGGAACAUACAGUUAGCCAAGGAGCUUCUAGUAAAUACCCAAAUGAAAAGGAAAGCCCUGAGUGCAGGAAAGUCUCAUUUGUUAUCUCCUGAUAGUAUCGAGCUGCUGGAGAAGUACGGGGAUGCGGGGAAGAACCGAGCUCUCGAACUCAAGCGAUCGGGAGUAAUGUCGGAAGACGAUAUUGAAAUGCUAAUGGAUUACGACAAGUUGGAGCGGAAGGCUCGGUUUGAUAUCGAUCGUUUCACGAAAGAUGUUAUAAGAUUGGAGAACGAAUGCCGCGAAAAGAGAGUAAUGCCCAAGAACACACCUUUCCAGGAGGAAGGGUUUGGAGUCAAUCCCAUCCUUAAGGACGAUAUUCAGCUAGAUGAUGUCCCGUUCGACACGCACGCGAGAGGGCAACCUAAGACCCUGGCGCAUUCGGUGUUCCCCAAACUACUGUCAAAUCCUACGCACUUGCUAGAGGCAUUCCCCAUGACAGCUCAACAGUCGCUCCGACUCGCCCUAUCACUUCCCCCGGGAAUGCCAUCCCGUCAAAAGCAUGUUAAUGAUGCGGCCCGCGAGGUCAACAUCCAUUCUUUACUUGAAGAGGCUGGAGAUGUUGACAAAAGGGGCUAUAUUAAUCGCUGGUUGCUUCAUAAGCUUCAUUUAUCGCCCAUGGAGGCCGAGCUUUUGUGGUCUACUUUCCAUUCCCGUCUCAGGGUCCGCGAUACCAAUAGAUGGCAGCAGGAUGUCCUCCACCUGUGGUGGAAAGAUCAGGCUGCCAAUCUACCGCCGGCUCAGUUCGAUGGCGUAUACGAAGAUCGUAGUUCGGCAUCCAUUAACCCAAGGACAGAUCUUCCUGCUAGACGCUAUUCAGACUCUGGCCAGCUUGAUCAUCUUAAGCUUUGGGAGAUCGAAGAUGCGUGGGGCUGA